AUGACGCGGAAGCUUCAACAUAUUCUGGGAGACGAUUUUUCCCAGUCUAGCAUCGCCAACUCGCUACCCCGUGCUGAAUCUACUUCUGAUUCCCUUGAAGCUGCAUUUGAAUGGGACCGCAUUCGACGAUCGGCAGCUCCAUCGCCAGAGUUACUAUCUAAGGAGUUCCAGAGACAGAAGACGCAUCCAGACAGCCAUGAGCUCGGUGUGCACUUUUACCAACGGCUAAAGGCUGCUAGCUGCCUGGGAACGGAAUUCUGGUUCCUGGGACUCAUGUAUGGGUUCCUGGGAGUCCCUGAGCUCCCAGGAAUACCCAUGCCCUUCCUGGGAGCACCCAUCCGGUUUCCAGGAACACAUAUUCAGGUCCCAGGAGACGGAGUACUUCUGGGAGCUCAAACAUCUGCCCUGCAAGCCAAGGACCUUUUGAUUAUUGCCACCCAUGUCACUACACAAUCUCAUGCCAGUUUGUCUUUCAGUCGCCACCACCGCCUUGAUACAUUCCUCGCCUCUCACCCACGUACUACGCUCAAGAUGUCAGACUCCCAGUGGCUUUGGGACCCCUUGACUAUCUGUCAGAUGGGGCCCCUUAGGGAAAAUAAGACGUGCUGUGGCAUUACCAAGAAAGGAGACGCUUGCCAGUUGAUUGUGAAGAAAGAGACCCUGAAAGAAGGUCGGCACAAGUUGGACAACCUUGCACGAAGCCCAUUCAAUCUUUCUACACUUGACUCCCAGCUUAGCGACCUUGUAUCCUUCUUCCUCUGCAAAAAGUGGCAUCGAGUACGUCAGCACGAUGAUAUCAAACAGCAAUGGUUCGAUGCGGCCGUUCGUAAUCAGGCCGAUGCACAAAUCUCCCCGCGCCAUCGAUUUCCGCAAAUUACCGGGGUAGAAAUCGACGUACCCCAACAGGUAUCAGCCAGCACAGUCUUGGAAUCAGAUGAGCUUGCUCCAUUAUGGGGUGUUGACGAGGCUUUCUCAAGGCUUCCAGCCUCCACAUGGCUAGAGGUAUCUCGGCCCCCUGGUCGAGAUGUCACACUAGACAUGCUCACAACGGAUCGGGUGCCCUGGAAUGUUUCAUCGGAUGAUCCAGCCAUUCUGUCCAUCCACAAUGAAUACGGUGGAGUGCACUACCUUCACAUUCACGCCGUCGGCCAAGAGCGCUGUCCAGAU